AUUUCCUCCUGGUUUAUCUUUCUCUCGCGCGCCUACAGGACACAGGCGGUGGCAGCGAAGACGCAAAUAGAGCGAUUUGGGCGCCGUUUCCAGCUCGCAGACAUGGUGAGGAAGAGUGAGCACUUGGAACUGCAGGCGCUAAACUGCACGCGGAAGGUGACCAGUAACUCUUUGGUGUCUGGAGCAUCAGAUAAUGUUGUGGAGCUUCCUGCUCCUUCUUACUGUGCUGUGCAGAACUCUUCAGUAGCAACAGAGAGCAGUCAGCCAGUGGACAUUAAUGAUGCAGGGUUGCGAAGGAAGAAGAAACGCAGGACUCGGGCAGUCGACAGUGCCGUAGGAACAUUCAAAGAUCUGUACAGGCUCACUGACGAGGUGCUGGGCCAGGGAGCGUACGCAAAAGUUCAAGGAUGUGUGAGUCUGCAAAAUGGCAAGGAGUAUGCUGUAAAGAUCAUUGAGAAGAUUGCCGGCCACAGCAGAAGCAGAGUAUUCAGAGAGGUGGAGACAUUAUAUCAGUGUCAAGGCAAUAAGAACAUUCUCGAGCUCACUGAGUUUUUCGAGGAUGACAACUGCUUUUAUUUGGUGUUUGAGAAGCUCUGUGGAGGCUCCAUUUUAACACACAUUCAAAGGAGGAAGCACUUUGAUGAAAGGGAAGCCAGUCGUGUCGUGAGAGAUAUAGCACAAGCGCUGCACUUCUUACACACUAAAGGAAUUGCACACCGGGACCUGAAACCUGAAAAUAUCCUGUGCGAGUAUGUUGAUAAGGUGUCUCCUGUGAAGAUCUGUGAUUUCGACUUGGGAAGUGGUGUGAAGUUGAACAGUGCCUGUACCCCCAUAACUACACCUGAGCUUACUACACCAUGUGGUUCAGCUGAGUACAUGGCUCCAGAGGUGGUGGAAGUAUUUACGGAUGAAGCCUCAUUCUACGAUAAGCGCUGUGAUCUUUGGAGCCUGGGGGUGAUUUUGUACAUUCUGCUUAGUGGCAGUCCACCUUUUACUGGUCACUGUGGAACUAACUGUGGCUGGGAACAAGGGGAAACUUGCCGUGCAUGUCAGAACAGCCUGUUUGAGCGGAUCCAGGAGGGGAAGUACGAGUUUGCAGACCGGGACUGGGCUCACAUCUCAGAUGGUGCCAAAGACCUAAUCUCCCGGUUGCUGGUGAGAGAUGCCACGCUGAGGCUAAGUGCUGCUCAGGUCUUGCAACACCCGUGGGUUCAGGGGAAUGCUCCUGAAAGAGGUCUUCCAACUCCACAUGUCUUACAAAGAAGGCUCAGCACUAAGGACCUGACUCAGUUUGCGGCGGAGGCUAUAGCCUUUAACAGGCAGCUGUCGCAGCAGGACGAAGAGCAGGAGGAUAGCAGCGCCAUCAUGUGCUCCAUGAGACUUUCUCCCCCCUCCAACUCCAGACUGGCAAGACGCAGGGCACAGGCUCACUCCCUCCGCAGCACAAGCCAAUACCUGAACACUACUCAGGUUCCAGAGUGACCUCGCACACAACACAAACAAGUAGCAUGUCAGAACAUUUUGUGCCUGAACUAUGCUCAGUACCACCUGUGAACUCAUAAGCAGUGGACAUCUUAAGACAUGUAACAUGUGUCAACACGGAUAAAAUGUACUGUAGUGUUUUCCCUGAAUGCAGCAGAUCUGUAAGCUACAUCGUAGUUCAUGAUGGACCACAUACCCAGUGUUUAACAUACUAACAGUAUGAAGCUGCAAGAUAUUUUAUGGAUAUUUAAAUAUUUAUUGCUGAUUUCUUUUUUAUUUAAGGGUACUUAGAAAUAAGGUGGGAGUAUCUACAUUAAGCAUUAUACAGUAUAUAUUUAUGCACUUGCCAUGUUUAUGUAUUUGUACAUUUUGUGAUUAUUAUAUUUUUUUUCAGUGAAGUGUCGCAAGGCAUUUGGUAUUUUAUGAUGAUAUUAAUUAAUAUAAAUACUGUUCAGAAGUAAUAGAUGGGCCUAUAUUCACAUAUUCAUAUUUUAUUUCUUUUUUUUUUUUUUUUUUUUAAAUCCUCAGAUCAUUUUUGCACAGGUCUCAAUGUUACAGACCAUUCCAGUAGGCAGCAUGUAUUUUGUACAAUAAGGUGAAACAUUUUACUUUUUUCAACACUUAUAUAGUCAAUAGGUAAUGUACAUCUAUAAUAUCAGGGUUUUUUCUUUUUCGCUCUCAUCUUUGUGCAGUUCAGUACAUUUGCCUUUUUCCCUGUUUUUAUAUUACAGUAUUUAAUUCAUAUUUGUACUUUUAAUGUUCUGUAAUAGAGAAUUUUU